CACCUAGAGCUUUAUGUCGAGCGACCUUCACCGUUUCAUCAGCGACAACUGUGUUAGGCUUUUUGGUCUUGCAGACCGGAGUAUUAUUGACUUCGUACAGGCUUCAGCAUCGACAUCAAAAACACCAGACGCUCUCUUCUCCUCUCUUACCGCUUCUGGCCUUCCAAAUACACCCGACGCACAUGUAUUCAUAAAUGAACUCUUCUCUCGUGUUCCCAGGAAGAGCAAACACAAGUCUUCAGCAGACAGCACACGGAAGCAAGCGGAGAAGGAGGCAAAGGCGCUGAAUGCCCGCAGGUUUGAGUUUUUGCUUGAAGAUCAGGCUACCCCUGAUGUUUCGGAGCUGAAGGGGAAGCGCAAGGAGGGAAGUAGCAGCAAGGAGAAGCGCAAGGAUGACCGAGGAAGUGGUAAGGAGAAGCGCGAACGUCAUCUCAGGAAGAGAGAGCAUGAUAGCAGAGAGUGGGAAAGCGAUGAGGAAGAGAAACAUCGGAAACGACGGAAGCCAGAUGAUAUUGAAACCAAUGCGGAUGAGGAGGCAAUGGACAUUCCGGAGGAUGAGGAUGAAAGAAGAGAACGAGACCGGUUGCAGGACAUGAAGGAACGAGACGCGUUUGCUGAGCGGGUACGUGAAAAAGAUCGGGAAAAGACAAAAAAAGUCGUCGAAGAUCACUCCUCUCGUAAUGCAGGUGCAGCGGCCGAGGCUGCACAACGUCGACAGCUAGCAGACGACACUGAAGCACGGACGCAUGCACUCCCUUCACUGCGGUUGCACUCCCGGCAGGAAUACCUGACCAAACGUGAGGUGCAGCAGAUUGAGCUCCUGAGGAAGGAGAUCGCGGACGAGGAGGCCUAUUUCCAUGGAAUGAAGCUCACGAAGCAGGAGCAGGAGGACUUGGAGCGCAAGAAAGAGAUUCUGCGGCUUGUUGAAGAGCGUCUCAAGAUCAACGACAAGUGGGAUGGCUACAUGCUACCUGAAGACUACAUUACAGAGCAGGGCAAAAUCGACAAGGAGAAGAAGCAGAAUGCACUCUACAAGCGGUACGAAGAGGCCAAGCCCAAGGAUGACCAGUUCGUCACGGACGUCGACCAGUGGGAGGCUAGUCAAACGCUGCACAGCACAUUCCGGACGGGCGCUAUGGACAAAAUGGAGGUCCCCGACGACUACGAGUACGUAUUUGACGAGAGCCAGACCAUUAAGUUCGUCAUGGACCAGACGCUCAAGGGGGAGGGAAUGAUGAGUGCCAAGGACAAACUCUUGCACCAACAAAUUCAGGAGGCUGAAAAACGAGCACAAAGUAUUGAUGAAACUCGCAAAUCCCUGCCAAUAUACACAUACCGAGAGCAACUACUGGAGGCCAUUAAGGAGCACCAGGUGCUUAUUGUCGUUGCCGAGACCGGCUCAGGCAAGACAACUCAACUUCCGCAGUACCUGCACGAAGCCGGGUACACAGCCAACGGACAAAAAGUGGGCUGCACGCAACCUCGUCGUGUGGCUGCCAUGUCCGUAGCGGCGCGCGUUGCUGAGGAGAUGGGUACCAAAGUGGGGUACGAAGUAGGCUAUUCUAUCCGAUUCGAGGACUGCACGAGCGACAAGACAGCUGGAUACUCAGCGCUGAUUAUUGACGAGGCACACGAGCGGACUCUGAGUACGGACAUUCUUUUUGCUCUCGUCAAGGAUAUUGCGAGAUUCAGGCCUGAGCUGAGGUUAUUGAUUUCAAGCGCGACCAUGGAUGCUGAGAAGUUCAGCGAGUACUUUGACAACGCGCCGGUGUUUUAUGUUCCCGGGCGUCGAUACCCAGUCGACAUUCACUAUACACCACAGCCAGAGGCCAAUUACCUGCACGCAGCCAUCACAACCGUCUUCCAGAUCCAUACAACACAGCCCAAAGGCGACAUCCUUGUGUUCUUUACGGGCCAAGACGAAAUCGAAGCAGCGCAAGAAAACCUACAGGAGACCGCCCGAGCGCUCGGGAACAAGAUCGCUGAGUUAAUCGUUUGUCCAAUCUACGCCAACUUGCCCAGCGAUAUGCAAGCCAAGAUCUUUGAACCGACGCCAGAGGGUGCAAGAAAGGUCGUGCUCGCUACAAACAUCGCGGAGACGUCGAUCACUAUCGAGGGUGUGGUUUUCGUUAUCGACCCCGGGUUCGUCAAGCAAAACUCGUAUAAUCCUCGUACUGGCAUGUCUUCCUUGAUCGUGGUUCCGUGUUCUCGUGCAUCAGCCAACCAAAGAGCAGGCCGUGCAGGUCGUGUGGGGCCUGGCAAAGCUUUCCGGCUAUACACGAAAUGGGCGUUUUCAAACGAGCUCGAAGAGAAUACCGUACCUGAAAUCCAGCGGACGAACCUUGGGAUGACUGUCCUGAUGCUGAAAUCACUUGGCAUUAACAACUUUAUGGACUUUGAAUUUAUGGACCCACCUCCGGGAGAGACGCUUAUCAGGGCGCUAGAGCUGCUCUAUGCUCUCGGGGCAUUGAACGACCGUGGGGAGCUGACAAAACUGGGUCGACGGAUGGCAGAGUUCCCUGUUGAUCCCAUGUUGUCCAAGGCCAUCAUCUCCAGUGAGAAGUACUCGUGUACUGACGAGGUACUGACCAUCAUAGCAAUGCUCUCCGAGUCUUCAUCGCUGUUCUAUCGUCCCAAAGACAAAAAGAUGCAUGCAGACCAAGCACGUCAAAACUUCGUUCGCACAGGAGGAGAUCACUUUACGUUGCUCAACGUUUGGGAGCAAUGGGCCGAUACAAAUUAUUCGCAACAGUUCUGCUACGAGCAAUUCUUGCAGUUCAAAAGUCUCAGUCGGGCGCGGGAUAUUCGGGAUCAACUUGCUGGGCUUUGCGAGCGUGUUGAAGUCGUUAUUCAGAGCAAUCCGAACGCAAACGAUAUCAGCGCUGUGCAGAAAGCUAUCACGUCGGGGUACUUUUACAAUACUGCCCAACUCCAGAAGAGUGGCGAUUCUUACCGGACGCUGAAGACGCAUCAUACUGUAUAUAUCCACCCCUCAUCAAGUCUUUUCCAACAUCAACCGCCCGUCAAAACCUUGCUAUAUUACGAGCUCGUCAUGACCUCGAAAUCAUAUAUGAGACAAAUCAUGGAAAUCAAGCCGUCAUGGCUAAUGGAAGUCGCUCCUCAUUACUUCAAGGCUGCAGACCUGGAGCAGCUGACUACUGGUGAUAAGAAGUUGCCCAAUGCGAAAGCGGUUGGUUCGUCGGGGGCAGCAGCUUCAUGAUAUGCACCCUUUGGGUAGUGAUCCAUGCUGGACUACAUUUGGUAUUCCCUCGUACCAUAAUUCGUAUGUGCUGGAUAGUAGUGCAUUAUUUGUGAUUUUGCAUCGGAGUUGUGGGUGUAUUGCCCAAGAUCACUGGGCUUGUGGCCUGCACUAUGUCAUCGACUUCGUGUAUUCCCACCAUGCCACUCACUCUCAACCAAUU